AUGUCGAGCAUCUCCCGAACAGCCAACCUUCUUCUGCGCUCCAGCAGGGCCUCCCUUCUGCGCCCUCGUGCUGUCAACCCUGUUCAGCAUGUUUUCUGCAAAGACAGGCUGGCUGCCCGCGGUAUGGCGAGUGCUUUCGAGCGCUCCAAGCCUCACGUCAACAUUGGUACCAUUGGUCACGUCGAUCACGGCAAGACCACCUUGACUGCCGCCAUCACCAAGCACCAGGCCUCGAAGGGUCUGGCUACCUUCCUCGAGUACGGUGCCAUUGACAAAGCUCCCGAGGAGCGUAAGCGUGGUAUCACCAUCUCGACCGCCCACAUCGAGUUCUCUACCAACGAUAGGCACUAUGCCCAUGUCGACUGCCCUGGUCACGCUGAUUACAUUAAGAACAUGAUCACUGGUGCUGCCAACAUGGACGGUGCCAUUGUUGUCGUUGCCGCCUCUGACGGUCAGAUGCCCCAGACCCGCGAACACUUGCUGCUUGCCCGUCAGGUUGGUGUCCAGAAGAUUGUCGUGUUCGUCAACAAGGUCGAUACCAUUGACGAUCCCGAAAUGUUGGAGCUCGUUGAGCUGGAAAUGCGCGAGCUGCUCAGCAGCUACGGCUUCGAGGGUGAAGAGACCCCUAUCAUCUUCGGCUCUGCUCUGUGCGCUCUGGAGGACCGUCGCCCCGAAAUCGGUACCGAGCGUAUUGAUGCCCUUCUUGAGGCCGUCGACACCUGGAUCCCUACUCCUCAACGUGACCUUGACAAGCCUUUCCUCAUGUCUAUUGAAGAAGUCUUCUCCAUCCCCGGCCGUGGUACCGUCGCUUCCGGCCGUGUUGAGCGCGGUAUCCUGAAGAAGGAUAGCGAUGUCGAGCUCAUCGGAGGAGCAUUCGAAGCCAAGAAGACCAAGGUUACCGACAUUGAGACCUUCAAGAAGUCUUGUGACGAGUCCCGUGCUGGUGACAACUCCGGCCUCCUUCUCCGUGGUGUCCGCCGUGAGGAUAUCAAGCGUGGUAUGAUUGUUGCUGCUCCCAACUCCACCAAGGCCCACGACAAGUUCAUGGUCUCCAUGUAUGUCCUGACUGAGGCCGAGGGUGGUCGCCGAACUGGAUUCGGUGUCAACUACCGCCCUCAGGUGUUCAUUCGUACCGCUGAUGAGGCUGCUGACUUCAGCUUCCCCGACGGUGACGAAUCCCGGAGGGUGAUGCCCGGUGACAAUGUUGAGAUGGUCCUCAAGACUCACCACCCCAUUGCUGCUGAGGCUGGCCAGCGUUUCAACAUCCGUGAGGGUGGUCGCACUGUUGCCACUGGUCUGGUCACCCGUGUCAUGGACUAA